AUGUGGCCUGUCUGGGGUGAAGCAGACAGCAGAAGAUCCCUAAAUGUUAACAGGGAGGAAACAGGUGCUCCCUAUAACGAACAAAGUGAAUAAGCAUGAGAUUGCAGAUAUGGUCUUCUCAGUUUUAUGCUUAUGAAAGCUGCCAAUGUUAUGCUGAGAGAAAAAAACUAGCUCAGUAUUGCCACAGCGGCAGAGCAAGCCGAUCAGGCACCUGGGCUGGCACGCGUGCCCUGCGCCCAGGGGCAGGGCCAGCCAUCCACGGAGCGAGGCCAGCCAUGGCAGGACGCUCCACGGGGCCUCCGAGGCUUCUGCCUGCCUCCUCCCACUCAGUCGCCCUACAGGUGAGGGGGAGGCGGUGGGCGGCCCGUUUGGGGCAGCGCGGAGCCUGCAGGCACCCAAGCCACUGCGUCACUCCCAGGAGAGACAUGUGGCUCAGGUACACCGCAGGCCCCGUGAUGAGUGCUGCCCGGCAUUUUGUCACACACACCCAGUGGUGACGCUGGGGGCGACCCGCCCCCACCGCACCCCCUUCCUCUGCCCCUGUAUUGCCAACACGUGCUUUUGCCAACAUGGCACCUGCAGGUGCCAUAGUGUCCACAAUCUCCUGCCAAGUUGCCCCCCUCCCCCCAGCUGAAGUCUAAGCUUCAAGAAACUGCCUUAUUUAUUAGGCUGUAUGUCCAGUACUGAAAAAUACGGUACUUCGUUUGUUGAAGUGUCAUAUAUAGAAUGAGAGGUGGGGGGAGAUAGGAAUGGAGGGGGUAGUUUGCUUUUGGUUAAAAAUGUUUACAUAGAUGACCCUCAGGGUCUCUUCCAACUCUACAGUUCUAUGAAUCUAACAUUAAAAUCUUUUAUCAAGCAUAAUGGCCCUAGAGAAUAGCCUGUGGUUGUUCCCAUUGGCAUAGGUGCUCUACCUACAUCUCAGCACCACUUUACUCCUGCUGGAACCAAGCUGUAUAUAAAAACAUGUGUAUAAAUAUUCUUUGACAUUUGCUAAAUUAUAGUGACUGAGAACUGACGUAGUUUCAUACAGUGCUCAGGAUAAUAGCAUGCUAACCCCAUGAGAAAAUCUGAAUAUACAGGAAUGGGUAUCUAUGGGUGCCUCCAGACUGCUACACGACAGCUUCAAGUGUGUACCAGAAAUUUAGGUAUGCACAAUUAAAGGGGUUAAAUCACUCUGUCGUCCCAGGACAACAAAUCCACUAAAAAAAAAGAAAAGAAAGAAACAGUUUUUUUGCAGUUAGGAAAGUGACGGGAGAUGCACUGAAAAGUGUGGAGUGAACAAAUGAUUAAUGGGCACAUGCGUUGACAACCGUACAAGCAAAUCAGGAUGAAUGUUCAUUGUCACACAACCUCUCCACAAACAAAUCAGAUUGAAUGUUCAAUAAAGAGCAGAUAUAAACUAAUCUCCACAUAAGCUUGGUGCAAGCAGAUCGGGAUGAAUGCUCAAUAAACAGGUCACCUAGAGGAGCCCUGAACUAGAUGGUAGUCCUGUCAGAUUAAAUCCUAAUGUUAUUAGAGCAAGAAAUGUUCUUUUCAGGAGACAGCGACCUUAAGGUUCAUGGGGGAAGAGGCUGUGGAGCUAUCUAUUUUUUGAGAUGCCACCACCACUACUCAGAUCUCUGAUUCUCUUCUCAGAAAGUCACAGGGCCCUUGAUUUGGGGGCUGCAACCCAACACAGAACCCAAGCCAAGGUUUGAGAAGGGCCUGGUUGUUAUGGUAACAAGAACUCUCAACAUCAAGCAAGGAAAGAAGUGCCUCUUUAAAGAAGCAGGUUGCCAUGGCAACUAGCAUCUUCAAAGACCAGUUUAUUUUUUGGAGAUAAAAUAUUCCCAAAGGUUUCUCUGAUAAAGGAAAACCCAAUACAUGAAAGAGUGCUGAGCCACUAUGAGAUUUGAGAAAACCACUGUCCAGGCCAGCAGGUUAGAUCUGGAAGCUGAAAGUGACAUACCAAAGGAAGGAAGGAAAACCAAAGGUUCGUUAAGAAUAAAACUGGAAGGCUGUUGCACAAUAUGCUAUUAAAUAAAUGAUGAAGAGGCAGUGCAGUCUGCAUUGCUUUCCAUGAACUUUUGAUCACAAGGGGGGCUGUCACCACCACCACAUGACAGCUCUUUAGCGCUGCUACAGCUUGGCUACUUGUACCUGAAAUAUGGUAAGAAGAUGUAAUGUAGCUGUGCAAUUUUGGGUUGCUGGCCUGUUUCCCCCCUUAUACCCAAAGUGCUUGGCUGCCAAACACACCUUCUGUCUCUGCUACAUUCUGCUGCAAGUGAAUUCAGAGGCAGGACACAGAGAAGUUAAUUCUGGCAUAACAGAAUUAACACCUUAACAUUUGGAAAAGAGAGCUGCACCAAUUUCUUUGUGAUCCAGAAGGAAGAGGAGAAAGAAGGAAGGAGGUACAUGAAUUGCUGCCACUGUGGUGGGCCUGUCAAGAGCUUGUCUGAGGCCCAGGGUGGGAGUCUGGUUAGAAUAAAGUUAUAAACUUAAACAAAAAAGCAGCUGGUCCCUGGCAGGAAACCCCAGCCAGCUUAGCUCCAAGGCCCAGGACAAGUGUACCCGGUUCCUCCCCUCUCUGCACAGGCCUGUACUGUGGCAUUGCUAAGUUGCUUGAAACAUAAUUAUGUGGCAUUCUCUGUGUGUUGUGAGAGUGCAUACAGUCCCAAGGGCAAUGCUAAAGAGUAGUCAGACAGUCCAAGUGAUCAAAUAGUGGUCCAGGUCCAACACAAUGAGCAAGGUCCAAGGUCAAUCCAUAAGAUCAGGUUCCCACCUCUGCAGAAGAUCCAGGAUUGGAAUACCUGGAGCCAAUCCCAAAGUCACCACCCAGUAGACUUCCCAAAGCAGUCAAGCCAUGGUCCAUCAACGGAGAAAGCUGAGCAGACUUGCUUUGCUUUUAUCCUUCCCAAUCCUGAUUGAUGCACCCGAGUUUGCUCCAGCUGAGCAGCUGUGCCUCUCCACUUGACGAAAUGUGAUCCUCAGCUGGUCUGAGCCUAAUCCCACUGAGUAACAACAUCCUCCUCACCAGUGUUAUUUUUCUAGAAAAGGAGGUGCCAGAACUCAACAUUCCGAUCAUCUGUUGUAGCUGGAUAAUUCUAAUCUGGUGGAGCAGAGCAAUCUCCACUUAAGCUAGUAAAAGCAACACCUUGCCUUAUUCUCCUUAUGAACUGCUUUCAUAUUCCUUGUGUAAAUGUAUCUGUAGCAAGCUUGACACAAUCACUACACACAGUGCUAUUUUUCUAGGGGAAAAGGUGCCAGAGCUCACCAUGAAUGCCUCCCUUGUUCUCUUAUAAUGGCAAUGGCACCCAUCUGAGAGGUGCCAAAACUGAGUUCGGCUGGGGGGGGAAAGGCCUGCUAGUCCUGGUAUAUACCAGUUGCAGCUGCAACUCUCACUGGGAUCUUCCUCCCCUUCCUCUGUGUCAUGCCAGUUCAUGACAUUGCAGGAAGUAGUUUCUCAUUGGUUUGACCACCAUCUUGCUGUUGGCAUCCGUGUGCCUCGGGAGACAAUGGAGAGGUGUGCCUCUGGGGGUGAAGUCAAACUGUUGGAAGGUUACAGCGCCUGCUGCGGCUGUAGGGACUGAUAUGGGAGAGACAUGUUUUGUUGUGGCUGGGGCAGAUGAAAGGUGUCCUGAAAUUCUCUGUUUGUGGGAAGCAGCUUCUCGUUAGUAUGGAUACCAUCUACACACACAAAAACCCAACUUUGCAAGGAUAUACAGGCUGCUCUCAACUUAUGCAGGAGUUAUGUUCCAAGGAUAACGCGUAGAGGCAAAACCACAUACUGUAUAGUUAAAACACAUUGGAUUCAUCGGUGGGUGGGAUUGCUGGAAUAUUUUUCCCCAGAUGCCUGCCCACUUUCUGCCUAUAUAUUUAUAUAUAUAUAUAUAUAUAUAUAUAUAUAUAUAUAUGCCAAGCGUGUAAAGCUGAGUGUGCGCAAGUUAAAUGUGUGUAAGUUGCAAGUUACCUGUAAUUAAAACUGUCCAAACUGUGUGGGGAGCUACUUUGUGCUAGCAGCUUUUCUCUAUGUAGCUGUUUCAAGUGGCUUCAUACACUGCAGAAAUCAUGUGAAUCUGCUUUAGAAUGGAGAUGCUCCCCACCCACUGCCUCACCUGUUACUUUGUUCCAGAAAUAAAACAAGAUGAGUUGUUCUGGUGAUUGGUAUCAGAUGUGUAUAUAACACAUUCAUCUUCCCCCUCUUCAUUUAUUUAGUCAUUGCAAAGGAGGUGUUUUGAGUAUUCGUGGAGUAAUUCAGCAUUGACAUUGGGAUGUACUUUGACAAGAAAUUCAGUCCGUUCCUGGAACUGACAGAGGCCAAAACAAGGAUGGCGUCCAAGUAGCAAAUGGAACAUCUGUGCCCACAUCUGGGGUAUAGUGCCAUCUCCUCUUCUCCUUCAGAGAGAUCAGCCUGAUGCAAUCUGGGCCAAGAAGAUUUGGCCUAAGCUAAUAAAUCUCCAGCUGUCAGGAAAUUCCAAUCAAGUUCCCAGUGGCUUAGUCCAGUUGGUAGGUAUUACAUUUAUUCUAGGCAUGGCACAAGCCAGAUUGGUGGGAAUGGAACAAAGGAGGACUUGGCUGCAUGCUUUCAAGGGCCUCAAUGGGGAAAACUCUGGUAUAAUAUUUACUACUGCAGCCUUGAUGCCAAACUGAAGUGGGAAACAAGCAAAUGUUAAUGUCAUGCAACUCUUAUUACAAUAGCACUCAGAAUGGCUGCUGUCCUACGUGUUAAUUUUCUGCUGGUGUUUCUCUGUCCAUUUACUCACAGAGCAUUUUAGUUUCUACUAUCAUUAUAUAUCCCCUUUAUAGAAAACAUUAAUUUCUAUAACUAAUAGGUUUUCAUCACUUCGCCUCUUGAUGUAAUCACAGAUAUCUGUGCCCAACUUCAAAACACCCUCUGAAGUUUCAUUGACAUUUUCCACUGCAACAGCUUCAUUUGUUCUGUUUUGACACCCCAGGCUGUUGUAAAUACAUCUGCAUUCUCUGUUGUUUCAUCCACUAUUGGCUCACAACUCGGUUCUCUUUUGUUCUUCCCAGCUGUAUCAUCUGACUAAAGCAUAUCGGAAUUUGCAGUCUCAUAUGUGCCUCAGUCAUUUUUGCAUUUUUACAGACUUGGGUUUUAUGCAAAUCAUAGAAUUGGAGGGUUGUGGGGGACCCCAAGGGUCAUCUAAUCCAAAGUCCUGCAAUGUGGGAAUCACAGCUAAAAAUCUUUGAGCCUUUGUCAUAAUUAUCCUUCUGUGCCUGUAUGUCUUCUUUUACAAACUCAGGUUGUAGUAAUAGUGCUGGGAUGGAGAGUACAGUUCUCAAACAUCUAUCCUUUGAGUGCUGUGCAAGUUAAUCCUGAAUUUCCUAUAAGCGCAGUUUGCAAUCCAUUAACUUGUGGAUCAAGUAGUUGUGGAUCCUUUAAGUUGCGGGUCCUAUUCUUCUAUACCCCAGAGAGCAGUGGGGAGGGACACCAUCACUUCAGGUGUGGACUUUGAUACUAUGGUGCCCUGAGCCAGGCCAAAAUUUGGCACCCUCUCGCCAUGCCAGGCUUUAGGAAUGAGGUGUGGGGCUCUGUUAGGGUCCUAGAGCCCUCUCACCUCCUUCCCAAAGCUGGGCAAGUGCUAACUAGGCUUUAGGAAGGAGGAAGGACUCUAGGACCCUGUCAGAGCCCUCACACCCUGUUCCUGUAGCUGGGCAAAUGCUUAUCUGGCACCUUCUCCACUCAGCGUCCAGUCUGGGGGUAACAGUCACUCUGCCCUAAAACCACCUCUGAUCACUUCCAUGCUCAGCCUGAAAGGAGAGGGAGAAACAUAUCACUCAGAAAAUCCCUGAAUGGCUCUAAAAUGACAGCUGCACUCCCCAUAUCCCUGCUACCACUCCUGGGAUGUGCUGCCAAAGAUGCUCACAUAUGGUGGGAGCUGGUGAAUUCAGGUUAAUGGGAUACUAGGGUAGUUGUGUGCCAUAGUUUACAGAGGACAGUCCUCUGUUUCGAAGGUGUCCUCUGUUUGAAGGGCUAUCUGGCCUAAGUCUAGUUUAAGAAUAAAGAAACAGAAGAGGCCUUGGAACUGUCCAACAAUCAGCACCUGGACAGCACACUGAGCAGAAACAUCAGUCAUCUGAUCAUAGACUUCCUCACUAUGGUGAGAUGCAUUGUACUUCUUUUUAAAUUAUAGCAGCUAUUUCUAGAUUAGCACCUAUACUUACAAAUUAGCCUAUGCAAAUCAGCAUCCUCUUUUCAGGUGAAGGGUGUUCUCUUUUGGGGGACACGUUCCAAGUGCACCUCCCUGCAUCACACCAGGCAUAGGCAGCAACUACUAUCAGUUCCCAGGCACUCCUCCAGGCAGGAGUUCAAGUCCUCUUAUGCACAUGCAGGCACCAUUUUGGAGCAUACCGCAUAACGGGAAAGAGUGGAUCUGGACCACAAGCCCAUGUUUCUUCCUACUUUGGAAGCACCCAUUGUCUGCCUUGUUCCUAGACUUUUUCUCCUUUCCCCAGAAGGUGGGUUGGCUAUGACAGAAUCUUGAUUUGCUGGCUCUACUUCAACUGCCUGGAUGAGAAUGAGAAUAGUUGUUGUUGUUGCUAGCUCUUUGAGAAGAUCCUAUGCCCUGGGUUUUAGCUCUUGGGGUUUGCAUUUGAAUGCUGAACAAAGUAAGGAUGACUUAGGAGAGAAAGAUCUCGUUUAUAAAAAGGCUUAAAUUAAACUACACAAGCAUAGAUGUCUGCCUGAAGAAGUUGCCUCAGACGCUGAGACGCAGGCUAAAAGCACUGUGUCAUCCAAACAACUUGCAUGGCUAAGCUCCAUGUUGGGCACUCCAUCCCCCUCUGUGAGGACAAGUCGCCUGCUUCAUUCCAGGGUUCUUACAAGAGAUCAGUUCUCAUGCAAAUGUUCAAUGAGUCACAGAGAAGCUCUGAAGUACAAAGAAGCGCUCUUGUCAUAAUCCAGAAGCAGACCUUAUCUCUCUCUCUCUCUCUCUCUCUCUCUCUCUCUCUCUCUCAGGUUAGCGCAACAAAGGGAGAGAGAGAGAGAGAGAUGGCCUGCAGUGAGGCAAAGCCUGCCUCCAACUCCCAAGGAGCCUCUGCAAUGCUACUGCAAGGGCAGGAGGAAUUACAGCGGCACUUUCCGCUCCCAUUAACUCCCUUAAAUGGCCUCAUGUAAUAACACCAGGGCAAUCCAUAAGAUUCAAUUAUGUUUAUCAGGCAAUUAGGCUCACAAAGGCCCUGUUAGUGCGGAAUUAACACUUGGCGCCUUCGCACCAGGGGACAUAUAGGUUGGGACAAGAAAAGAGGCUGGGCAAGGGAAGGAUGCCUCCAGUGGAAUGAGGGGCCUCUCUGUUGCAGUUGGAGACAAACACCAAAGGAUAACUUAACUAAAAAUAAGUUUCAGACCAUGGGCAUAGCCAGGAUUUUUGUUGGGGGGGGAGGCCUUUUGUUAGGGGGGACAGAACCUCAGUUUGUUAUGUAUUUUUAUUGAUUUGGGGGACAGCUGCCCCUCCUUGCCCCUCCCUUGGCUAUGCCCAUGUUUCAGACAGAGACCUCCCAUACUUGGGAUUCUUAAUGCUUCCCAUUUCCCUCAACAACACAUACAGGUUGCUUGCUUGCUUGCUUGCUUGCUUGUUGCAGCAUUUGUAUGCUGUCUUUCAGGGCUAACUUUCCUAAGGUAGUUUGCAUCAUAGUAAAAUACAAACCACCCUCCAUAAUUAAUAAUAAUAUCACAUAAGUCAUAGUCCAUACCAGUGCUUUUUUCUUUAAAAAAAUGUUCAGGGAUACUCUAAUUUUCCUACUCAUAUUGAAAUACUGCCCCUCAAUGAGGCCAAACUUAGAUUCACAAAAUGUUUAGGGGUAUGUGUACCCCUGCAUUCCCCCCUCCCAAGAAAAAAAAGCACAGGUCCAUACUGAAAUUAGUGCUGUGCCACAAUUUGUCCUCCAGUUUCUUGAAAGUUUUCUUCCCCUGAAAAUGUGCUUCUGCUUUUCAGCCUCAUUCUCAAAGCACUUCAGAGUUUGUGGGUGGCUGAAGGGUCUUGGGGUUACCUUAUCACUGCAAAGUGGCCAACAUUGUGUGUCCAAGAGAGUGUAUUUCAUAAGAACAUAGGAAGAGCCUGCUGGAUCAGGCUGAUGGCCCAUCUAGUCCAGCAUCCUGUUCUCACAGUGGCCAGCCAGAUGCCUGUGGGAAGCCUGCAUGCAGAACCUUUCCUAUAAAUGUUCUGCAGCCUCCCAGGCUGCCCACAAUUUCUGGUAUGAAAAAAGCUUCAUGGAAGGAGUUUGCCUGGGCUUUAACUGAAGCACGUGCACCCAGGAAGGCCACCGAGUGCAGACAACUGGUGAAAAGACUUGUAGAUGGACUGAUGAGAUGAUUUAUUGAAUGAAAGGAAGGGCUCUUACAAAUAUCCCUCGAAAGUAAAGUAAGCAUGACAAAAACUCUGCACACCACCCAUGAGAAUUCAACCGUUUUUUUCCUGUCCCCUUGGAUAAUUUGCAAAUGCAAUUUAUUUUCUGGCACAGCACUAACUAAAACAUUAAAACAUUGACACAGCAGCAUUUUAUAACAAUACAGGUCAUUGUGUAUGUUCAUUAAAAGCAGAUUAAAAUAGAGCAUUAGAACAGCAGUAGUUGAAAAACAAUGCAGAACACUCCAAAGGUAAGCUAAAAGCAUCUGCAAUAAACCAACAUGGGGUAGAAAUAAGAGAGGUUGUGCAUCCCUACACCCCACUAACUACUUCUUCAUGGGCUGCUAUAUGUCACUGGCUGAGCUCUUCUGAUCUUGCAGACCUGAGUGAGCAAAAGGCCUAAAGGGAAAGAGGACUGGCUAAGCAGCGUCCUGAGAAACUAGCCAGUCAAGGGCAGCAGGGGGACCUAGGAAAAGAAGAAUGGCUAUAGAAAGUGGCCCAUAAGAACAAAGGGAUGAGGGGAAGUUCAGAAGGAUAGAUGGCCCCAAGAUACUACUAACCUACAACUAGCUACAUGUUUUUCUUCAGUCCAAAAACUAAUCUCCCCCAGCUUGCGAUCCACUCUGCCCAUCAAGGAAGGAGGACUUGAUCUCUUAUCCAUUUCCUUACCUACAGACACUUUACAAAGUCUGCCUCCACCCUGACUGCUUCUUUGUGGUCUUGCCAUCUACCUUGCUUUGUCUCUUUCUCAGGAUGCCUGGGCUUUUUAAUUCCCCCAUAUAAUGAUGUGGUUAAUAUUCUGGGCGCAAGGCUGCUCAGCAUCACUCCAACGACAGCCAGAGAUUAAAAAGUACAAAUAUAAUUAGGGUGAUAAUGCCCCUGUGCAGUCGGCUGGAAUGGUAGGAGAAGGGAGGUGAGCUCAUUGGCAUGCUCUCAGCAGUUCACCCCCCCCCCCCGGGCUCAGCCCCCACAGUGCCUGCCUCCUUUAGACAGCAUCACUGCUCUUGCAGCCGUUGGCAUAACACACCAGGGAACAGAUUUUUCCCCCCCAGGGGAGACAUUUUCUCUGUCUUAUCGGAAGAAUCUUGGGGGGUGCAAUGUCUUAUGGUAUAUACAUAGACACACACACACACACCCAUGCUACUGGGGUACAACAGUUUGGGCAUUCUUCCUCAAGCGCCUGAGCUUCUGCCUCUAAUGUGAAAACAUGUGAUAGUAGUUAAGACCAUGUGGACUCUGUGCAAAUCAUGGGCUACAUUCUGAAACCAGACCUUUGUAUUCUUCAGUGUUCAGCUCAAUGAAAGUAAAGUAUAGAGCAGCUGUGGUUAAAAUGAAAAUAAAAGAACAAAUGGAUUGAUGGUGCCAAUUAUAUAUUGAAUAUAUUUCCCCAAUUUUGAUUCCCUCCCCCCCCCCCCAAGUCGGCUGCAAGAUUUAAUAUCCAGAGAGCACCAGACUGUCAGGGACAUGACUGCUAAGAAAUCUUGAAAAGGCUUGCUCACUUGGAGAAGAGAAAGCUGUUGUUGCUUUUGUGUUUAACAUGGUUAGCAGCAAGGUACCUAUCAAGGCUCUCUCAUUAGGUUUCAGAGUUAACACCUAACUGUGAUGGUGAAGUGUUUAUCCAAAUAGCCCUGCUUUCCUCUGUUGCUACUUCUCUCCAUUCACGUAAUUACUUAAUGUGUGAAUGGCAACUCAUCAAGUCUGAGUCAGUCAUGUGCUCUGUCCAGUCUGAGGCUCUGUCCAGUGACUCGGAUUACAAACAGUCUCAUUUUGAAAGAUCUGGGAGACAGCCACAACCAUACUUUAACUAGGCCUUCAGAGAGAACCAAAUUGUGGCACAACACCAAUUCCCAAGAUUUUCUAAAUGUACUACUAGACAGGCACAGCACCUUGCUUUCCCUACAAUAUUUACUCUGAAUAUACAGUAGUGGGACUAACCAACCAGCUAUGUCUACGUGGCUUGAAUAAAUCCUCAGCUUGCAUAGGAACUGGUUAUCCCACCUUUGCUAGCAUGUACCAAGGGAAGAUAGUGGCAUCAAGCAAAGUUCUUUUUAUUAACUCAGACAUUUCUAGUACUGCUUCUCAUCCGUCACCUACUAUUUUUAUUUGUGCUUGGUUUUAGUAUGUUGCAUUGAAAAUACUGGGUUUUUAUCCCUUGCACUGUAGCAGACUACCCUAGAAUCAACUUGAUGAAGGACAGUAUAGAGCUGUUUAAAAUAAAUUUAAUCAAUAAUGCUGUACUUUGAAAUUUUACAAAACAACAACAAAACACUUCAUUUGUAUUUCAAGAGGAAAAUACUAAGUGCUAUGCUUAAUCUGAGAUAUGGCAAGUGAUGGGGAUAGAGAAAUUUGAUCCAACUCACAUUUAAAGGUGAACCUACAGUAACUAAUUCACAGUUUCUGAAACAAUACAGAAACCAAAACACAACCACCCUUCAAAAUUUUAUGAACCUUUUCCAACUCUAGGGUAAAGUGUGCAUAAAAAUACACGUAUUGGAGAAGGUAACAUACAAAAAUGCAAUAAAUCAGGGGAAAUAGCCUUGCAAAAAUGUGUAUAUUAGACAAAAUUGCAUAUAAGCAACUGCAUAUUAGGAAAGGUUCACACUAAAUUGCUGAUGAAUUUUCAUGAGGACAUUACAAAAAAUUCCAGGCUGAUGUGGAAAUGUGGAGGACUAAACCUAAGAUCAGAAAAAUGAGAAAUUGACAGAUUUGCCCGUCCCUAAGUAUGGAUCACCUCAAUAUAGCCCCAGAAGGUGAACAUGUACAGUAAUAGGGGGAAGAAUUCAACAUUGCGCUAAAACAAAUGCCUGCAGAGCUUUCUGGCAGACAGGCUGGAUGGAACUCAAAACCCUACCCCACAAAGCCCUGGCCAUUCCGCCACAUUCUCAAUGUGCAUCUUCCUGUCAGGCUGACAUUACUGCAUUGACUUUCACUGGCAAACACCUUCCCAAAUCCCCACCUCUUUGAGAAUGUGGGGCGAUAGGGAGGGAGAGUUGGAAAAGAAGGAACAAACCAUCCCUUUUCUCACCCUCUCCCACAUUUCUCACCACCACUGUUCGGCUGGGAGCUGCAAUCACACACUGUUGGCUCUGGAAACACAAAGCCAUCAAUCCCUGUUAGGCAGCGUUGAGCCUUGUCACACAGUUCAAAACACAGGCUGAAUGCUAAACCUGGAGAAGUUUGGAGCGAAUCCCCUAUGAAUCAGACCUUUUCUAGACCUGAUUCUUAAACCACAUAGUGGUACACCUAGGAGCUCUCUCGUUCUGUGGGGCUCAUUUGUGCCAUAAAUUAUAUAAUGAACAUCUGAUGCAGACUCUGGAUCACCUGCAGACUUCACCUCUGGUCUGGUGGUGCUGUUGCCGAAUACCACAUCAGUCCAGAAUAAGACCAUGCUCAUUCACGACUUGAUAGCGGAUGAAGAGGCUAUCUUGGCAUGUAUUGCCAAGACUUGAAUGGGUGAGUUGGGUUGACCUGACCUAAGUCAGCUGUGCCCAUCUAGGUACUAGGCUGGGGGGUGGGGGUACAAUGUGAGUUACUAUUGCCCAUAGAAGACCAUCUCCUUUACAGAAAAACUCAUAAUCCUGGGGUGGGCACCUGCACCUGAUUUGGGGCCAGAGAGACAGAUUGGGAAUGCUGCUGGGUGUAUGAACAGCCCUGUUGCCCAGCAGCAUCCGUGAUCGAACUGACCGAGGUGGUCUCUAGUAAGGUGUUGGAGGACCCCGGUUAUUACUUCAGUGUGACUUCAACAUCCAUGUGGAGACUGGACCAGCACAGGACUUCAUGGCCUCCAUGACAACCAUAGUGGGUGUCUCAGAUGCUCACUGGUCCAACACACUAAGCAGGCAUAUGCUUGAUGUCGUCUUUACCCCCAAGUGAUAUGAGAGAUGAACUAAAGGUAGGGGUGUGCAAAACACUCCCUUGUCAUAAUUGGACCAUUACCUGAAGUUUAUAUUAGUACCAGCAAUUCCCUCUUGCAAGGUCUGUUCAGAUAGCCCGCCCUCAGAGACUGAUGGAACCUGAUGGUUCAAAGUGCAUACAAAAAUGUAUUAAUUAGGAGAAUUUCACACUAAAACGCUGGUGAAUUUUUAGAUUUUUUUUAAAAAAGCAGAUUGCUACAGAAAUGUGGACAACUGAACUUAAGACUGGAAAAAUGAUAAAACUGAGAGAACCAAAACUGACUGAUCCAUCCCUACUGAGGGGUAAACUACAGUUCCCAGUAUACUUUGCAGGAUGCAAUGUGCUUUAAAUGUUCAGUGUGUACACAGCCUUUAUCGCUAAUAGUUGAGUUGUGACUACUCAGAGUUCAUGACUGCCUUGUCAAUUUCCAAAGAGGAGAGUCCUGCAGUCAUGAAAGCAGGCGCUAAGGAGUAAGUCAAAACUUAUCCUGGAGAUCAUAGGCAUAUAAACUGUAGUUCCUUAUUGAAUUGAUAGAUUGAGCUCCAUGCUUUGAACUUUCAUGCAAAUAAGGAACUGGGAACUUCCAACAUCAUAAUUGUAUUCCUGUUUUUCAGGAAUAUAUUUGGAAAGGUAUUCUGUAUGUUAAUUACCCAGGCUAUUAGGAGUCAACAAGUUCUGUUGCCUGAAGUGGAAUGUCAUUUUGAAUGCUUCCCAUAACAGCAUAGGCUCAAUCUGUACCUGUUUAAUAAAUGUGGUACUUAUUUCCUAGUGUGGGAACUAGCUGCUGCUAAGUGCUUAAUUUGUUCUUAACACUAGUUCAUGCCCUUCAGAUACAGACAUUUGGGAAGUAAAACACCAGCUUUCAAAAGAUCUUACAGUCUUCCGAAAAGCAUGAGGAGUAAAAAUGUCAUUAUUGAGGCAGCCAAGUUUAAAUCUCUCCCAUAAGUGGAGCAUGCCCGAACCAUCAUGAUCCUGUUAGAAAACCUGUCCUUGCCCAGCCAAAAUGAGAAUUGCUCCAUCUGCAUCACAAGCUCUUGUCUGAGCAUUAUAACCCUUAUCAGUGCCCAGAAAAGCCCACAUCAUUGUACUAGAGAUAUGGUGAAAGUCAUAGUGGUGAGGUUGGGGAAACCCUUCAAGCACUGUUGGUGCCACCUAGAGGAGAGAAAAAAUAGUGACCAAAAUCAAUUUUAAUGGCCCAACCAGACACUAUAUACCAGGGGUCAGCAAUCUUUUUCUGCAGGGGACCAGUCCACUGUCCCUCAGACCUUGCGGGGGGGGGGGGGCGGACUAUAUUUUGAAGAAAAAAAUGAACGAAUUCCUAUGCCCCACAAAUAACCCAGAGAUGCACUGUAAAUAAAAGGACACAUUCUACUCAUGUAAAAACACGCUGAUUCCCAGACCAUUCGCGGGCCAGCUUUAGAAGGCGAUUGGGCCGGAUCUGGCCCCUAGGCCUUAGUUUGCCUACCUAUGCUAUAUACUUUUGGAUUACUCACUCCUUUUGAAUGCCCUAAGUGGGGGCAUUCAAAGUGAAGUGUGGGGGAAGCCCUAAGUGGGGGAAGUGAAGUGUUAGCAAUUCUGGUACAUGUAUUUUAUAAAUAUCUGCAAAGGUAAAUAUCUCUGCAAACAGAUGCUGCUGGGAAGAUCUGCAGGAAGGGAAGGGUUGCUAAAGACUCUUCCUACCCACCAGAUAUGCAGCCUAUACAGCAGGAAACUGAAGCAGCUUUAUUAAAUCGGAACCCCAAAAUUUGGGCUCCCCUCCAAACUGAUGGGGAUCCCAAAUUUUGGGGUUCCGAUUUAAUAAAGCUAACUGCAACAGCAAGGCAAGGAGAAGACCUCAUAACCCCCAAACCCUGCUCAGCUAUUAAGCACACUGUGGAGCCAACAGUUCGACCUUUCAGAUUGUGAUGACCACUUGCACCCUACUCAUGGUGCCCCACAGCCUGUGACAAACAGGUAUCUGACCAUUCACCACAAGCCAUUUUAUACACCUCAGCUCCACUUCAGGCGAUUUUUGGUGUUCAGCAGCAGGUGUAGCCACCCAACAACUGCAAAGCCGCCUGAGAAAGAAGUGAUGUGUCGGGUGCUUAACAGGCUAGAGCAGCUGGUGGAAUGUGGACACAUAAACAGCAUCUUGACAGAAGCCCCACUGCCGCUGGCCAGAGUGGGGCACAACAGCAGCAAAGUCAGGGUGCUGCAGGUGCACCAGUGGGAAUGCCACCCUGGAGAGCCAGUGUGGUCUAGUGGUUAAGAGCGGUAGUCUCGCAAUCUGGUGAACCGGGUUCGCGUCUCCGCUCCUCCACUUGCAGCUGCUGGGUGACCUUGGGCUAGUCACACUUCUCUGAAGUCUCUCAGCCCCACUCACCUCACAGAGUGUUUGUUGUGGGGGAGGGAGGGAAAGGAGAAUGUUAGCCACUUUGAUACUCCUUCGGGUAGUGAUAAAGCGGGACAGCAAAUCCAAACUCCUCUUCUUCUUCUGACCUCGUCCCGGCCUUCUGAGCUCGGAAGCAUCCCAAUAAGCAGCAGCUCUGCCAGCGGCUCCUAAGACCAAAAAAACUUCCCAUACAUUACCUCAGUAAAUCACUACAGCUGCCAUGUUACAGUAGGCCUAUGUUAUUAUCGCUAAGUUACAUAUCGCUGGGAGGGACAGUAAACAGGGCUUGCCCAAGAUACUUUGCUCCCCGAAGCAAAGGACAAAAUGGUACCCGUUUCCACUCCAGAUACAGAAGCUGACUGGGCUGGCAGUUGAAACUUAUUUUAACACUGGUGCCAGGAUGGCAUCCGCUACCACACCUGAGGUUAGCAGGCUGGCCACUCCCCAGCCCUCAGCAUCUGCUUCUUGAGGCAGGCUGACUUCUUUAUUUUAUUUCACAGCAUUUAAUAUACCACUUGACUGCAAAAAAACAACAACACCCACCUCGAAACAGUUUACUAAUAGUAGGGCCAGCCCUGAUGCUGGCACCCAGAGAUGGUGACUUCCUUAAGGCCAUGGGUCAGAUAAAGUUUGAACGAAGAACUUCUCCUCUUAACCACUGUGUUAACACCCAAUUCUGAAUGCUUCAAAGCAAGAGAAGUUGCCCCUUCCACACACACGGUUUCUCCAGAUGACCAAGUCUUAAAAACUCAUUUUGAAGGCUGCAUUAAGGAAGAAGGAUAUCAUAUAUCAGGAGUGACAGAUCCAAUCUAUAAAUUAACAUGCUCAGCCUGAGGAGAGUGGAGGCAAAGAUCUAUCAAUUUCCAUCUAGGCGGCUGGCUUUUGUGCACAAAUGUGGCCAAUUCCCCAGGGAGAGUCUAGAAGGUCUGAAGUGGAAGUGUUCUGAGGUCAUAACAAGUGCCAGAAAAAUUAAAGAAAUGAGUCCCAAAAAGUAUCUCACUUUUCACAGGUUGCUAUCAUAGGCAAGAAGAAGUCCAUUGAAGCCUCACUCCAGGGUAGGCUGUUUUCUCAGGCUCUCCCAUUACAGGCAAAUUAACCCUUACCAUGCCAUGGAUUGCAAAAACAACUUAUUUUCUUCCUCCCGCCACCAUCUGACUAAACAGAUGUUGCUGGUUUUUGAAGCGCCAUGAAAACAUGCAAACGCUGCUUUUCACCAAAACCAGUUAUGGUGCAGAUCCAAACCGCACAUUUAAAGCGCAUCCAACACACAUUUAAAGCAUAUGACUUCCCUCAAAGAAGGGAACUGAAGUUUUCCCCUCACAGAGCUGUAAUUCCCAGCACCCUUAACAAACUACAGUUUCAGAAGACUUUUGAGCUGAGAACUUUCCCAGUCUGCAUCUGUACUGGAAUGUUUAAGACGCUUUAUUACUUGUUGUCUGCCUCCCAGGGCUCAUUUGGAAGGAGGGGCGGGAUAUAGAUUUAAUAAAUAUCUAAGUAAGUAAAUAAUAAAAUAGAACAAGUGGGACCUGCAGUCCUGGCAAGGGAUUUUUCCUUGUCAUCUCAAAUCCCCCUCCCUUCCAGUUUACUUUCUAUAGACUGCUAGGGGUUUGGAGCAGGCAAAUUCUACAGUUUUCUUCCCCCGCCCCCAUCUCCUAUCCUGAAGUGACGCCAACAUUUUCUGUGCAAAAUUGGCAGGCCCUUGUGAGGAGGCCAUUUGGUGCUUUAUUGUAAAAUCCUUUUAAUUUACAAAUAUGCAUACUCAGGACACACACCCCCACUGCCAAAGUUUUAAAGGAACCACUACCUUAUUUGGGGGGGAUGUCCUCCAUUUUGCUUCCAAACUGAUGGGCAAUCACCCUCCCAAGUUUGCUAUUUAGAAGGAACGACAGGGGAAAGAGCAGGCGCUCCUGAGCCUCCCUAAUCUAAUCUAGGCAGGAGGCAGAACAUUUACUCCCAUUGCCGCUGAUAGUAAAGGAUUGCCAGGUAACCACAAGUCUCCACUCUAAACACACUCCAAGUGUGUUUGUGGCACUCUAAGUGACUCUGUGCCGGCGCUUGCAGCAAAUCACUUUGUUCAGCCUCUUGCUGGCUCCGCAUACCCUUUAUGCUCCCCGGCCUCCGAAAACUCUCAGAGCCGCAGAGGCUGUGGGGAAUCAUUUCAUCCGAGGGAAACUGAAAUGAAAUCAUCAGGGGACACUGAUAGUGGAGCCAGGAAGCCUGUUAUAGGCCUCAUAAAUAAAAGCCGGUAGAGGCUGCAGGCACUGUAAGGCUUUAUAGGCCCAUAAAGCACCCCAGGCUGCCACUGAGGCUGGAGGGGAGGGGUGGGAAAUCUAAUUUCACAGGAUUUAAAGCAGGUGAGAGAGAUAUAAAUGUGUGUUUUUAAUAGUAAUUAAUGCCACUAUUCAGGAACACUUAGGCCCCGGGUUUUCGAGAGCUUCCAAGGGCUCGGGUGAUAAAUCAUGAGGCAGCAACCUGCCCACAGAACUCGAACUCGGGGUUUUUUUGCUUGCUGUCUUGCUUGGCAUAGAACUGCACUUCCUUUGGGAUGGUUCUCAGCAUGAUUCUGGGUUUAAUGGGAGGUAGGACACUCACCUCUCGUAUUGGCUGUCUCUCCUCUUUUUUUUAUCAUCGUAGGAAUACCUGCUGGUCACUUUUGCUGCAGCCUCUUGUACAGCAAAGGAAAUUAAGUGGCAAAGAAAAUGUCUCCCGGGUGAAAGAUUGCAAGGUUCCCUAAACAAAGCCUAUUAUUACCUUCUCUUCCAUCUCAGCUUUCCUGA